GAUUGGCCGGGCGGGCCGACCGGGCGGGGCCGAUUGGCCGGGCGGGCCGGGCUGCAGCCUCGGCCGGGGGCGCCGCUCUCGCUCAGCUGAGGCGCUGCCGCCGCCGGGCGCGGGAGGAGCCACUCCAGCAGCUGCGCAUCUUUUGCUCCUGGUCUCUUUUCCCCUACGAAUCUCUGCGAAGACAAGUUAUGUCCACAGCUACUCUGAUUAAUUUGGUACGGAAUGGAGGGUUCCAAGUAAGAAGGAGAGCCGCGCUCACGUCCCGCUUCCUGCAGGACGAGAAGCGCCCCGCAGCCGCCUGCUCCAUCUCCACCUGCGAGCGCCGCGCCUCCCGCUUCGACCCCGACGGGAGCGGGCGGCCGACCACAUGGGACACCUUCGGCAUCUGGGACAAUCGCAUCGACGAACCCAUCCUCCUCCCACCCAGCAUAAAGUACGGGAAGCCGAUCCCAAAGGUGAGCCUGAGCAACGUAGGCUGCGCCAGCCACAUCGGGAAGCGAAAGGAAAACGAGGACCGGUUCGAUUACUCUCAGCUGACAGAGGAUAUCCUGUACUUCGCAGUGUACGAUGGGCAUGGUGGGGCAGCAGCCGCUGACUUCUGUGAUAAAUACAUGGAAAAAUAUAUUAAGGAAUUUCUUGACGAGGAGGAGAACUUGGAAAAUGCUUUGAGCAAAGCUUUUCUAGAAAUAGACAAAGCAUAUGAAAGGCAUGCUAAUCUCUCUGCUGAUGCAGCUCUGCUGAGCUCUGGGACCACUGCAACAGUGGCUCUGCUCCGGGAUGGAAUUGAGCUGGUUGUGGCAAGUGUGGGAGACAGUCGUGCUCUGCUGUGCCGGAAAGGAAAGCCUAUGAAACUCACCAUUGACCAUACUCCAGAGAGAAAGGAGGAGAAGGAAAGGAUUAAGAAGUGUGGUGGCUUCGUUUCCUGGAACAGUUUGGGACAACCUCAUGUGAAUGGUAGACUUGCAAUGACACGGAGCAUAGGAGAUUUGGAUCUUAAAAACAGUGGUGUGAUAGCCCAGCCAGAAACAAAAAGGGUUCAGCUGCACCACGCAGACGACAGCUUCCUGGUGCUGACAACCGAUGGCAUCAACUUCAUUGUGAACAGCCAGGAGAUCUGCAACUUCAUCAGCCAGUGCCAUGACCCUGCUGAGGCUGCCCACGUGCUCACUGAGCAGGCAGUGCAUUUUGGUUCUGAAGACAACAGCACAGUUGUCAUAGUGCCAUUUGGAGCUUGGGGCAAGUACAAGAAUGGGGAGGUGACCUUCUCCUUCAGCCGCAGUUUCGCUUCCAGCGGGAGGUGGGCGUGAAGACAAUGCCACAGUAAUCCUUUCCUGCCAUCACCUGGACACAGCAUGCUACAGGAGAACACCUCCAUCUGUUCCAAGGCUCAGUGUCUUGUCCAUCUCUUCUGUUCCCAGGGUUAGAAGAUGCCACUGCUCCCUUGGUGCGUAGUGCCCAUUGUUGCUUACGCCUGACCAUGUCUUGCUGCCAUGUUACUCGCAGCAGCAUCGGGGCAGCACCCUGGGUUUGUUGCCCCAGCAGCUCCACACAUCACUUUGUUCACAAAGACAUGGUUCUGGGCUUUCACCUGAGGCUGGACGGGGUGCACAGUCAUUUCAUGCCUACUUGUAUUCCUCAGGACCCUCAGCUCCCUGGCAGCUUCCUUGUCCGAUAAAACACAGGGGAACAAACGCACAAUGUUCUUACCUAGACAGAAAGAGAGUUUGUUGUCUUCUUUUGCUGCAGCCACCUGAAACUCCCCUGUGCUCCAGGAGAAGUGGGUGAGAAACAAAGCAGAAGUUUCAGAAUGCUUAGGUUCUGAUGCCAGUGGCAUUUGGUGUAGCUGUACAAGUUCCUGAGACAGUGCUACUUUGUGCUCUCACUGCCAUCAUCUGUGAUCCUCUAGCUCCAAGGAGACAGACCAGGCUGGGGCCAUGUGCUGUUGGACAGAUGGGAACCUUUCUCCAUUGGGUCCAAAGCCUGUGCAGUCUCUGUGGACAAUGCAGCAGCCCUUGCACUAUCUUCUCUUUGCUGUCAGUGCCUGACAGAAGCAAGGAGGAAGGAAAAAGACGCACAGUUUUGAUAUCCAGAGACUCUCAUCAACUUGAAUUUCUUUUUUUUUUAAUAAAGAAAGUAAGCUCAUUUCAAAGAGUUUACUCUUCAAGAUCUGAUGCGUAAGACAGUUUAUUUCUUCAUACAUACACAAGGAUUUUCCUACCCUCUGCUGAACGUGUCUGAGUUAGUUGCGAUCUCUCAUGUCUCUCCAUGGUACACAAGGAGGUAUUAAAAUGCCCCAAACAAGCUACAGAAAGGAGGGAGCAUUAUAGCAAUGUAAGGUCAUUUUUGUAAGUUUUGGGUAUUGUUUCUGGUAGAUGUCAGAUAUUUAGCUACCAGAAAGGAGUUUUAUACUUAGAGAAAGGGUUUUCACUUCCCCUCUUGGAGCAGAAUCUGUGUCCAGCGAGUCAUGGGGGGACCAGAGCUCUGAUCCAGCUCAUAUCACUGCUGUGACAUGGACGGCAGGUGACAUGUUGGCACAGGUAAAGAUCUGUCCCAGUGUGCCUCAUUCACACUUCUUCCUUCCUCCUUUCCAUGUCAGCUGUCAGCUCCUGUGGCGUUGGAAUACGGGCAGAGAAGAAUUGGUCUUUUCUCAGCCUUUUCCUUCAAUGGAUGCUUCCAGUAGCACAAGUGUGGAAACAAAACAAAAUGAAAGAGAAGUUGCCUGAUACUAAAUCACCUUGUUAAAAAAAAAAAAAGAAUUCUGAGGUGCUUGGCUGGACUGAUUCUGAUUUUCCAGUGUGAAAUACAUAUCUUCAUUACUUCUAUCCCUUUCCUUUAGUCCAGGGUUAUCCCUUAGGCAGUCAGUCCAUUAAUUUUUCUUGUCUGUGGUGGAAGACCCAGCAGCACCCAGCAGAGCACUAUGUUGACAGCAUUAAGUACUGGGUGUGCUAAGUGCCCUGGUUUCGUCUGUCCCAUCACUUGGUGUGUUAUGUGGUAUGCACAAUGUACUUAUUUGGGUUGUAACUGCAGUGGUGUCUGUAAAUCUCUGCUGUACUGGAUGCUGGUGCCCAGGCCUGUGUAGUGAGCACACCACUGGUUUACAAUCCUAAUUCCCUCUCUCUCCUCAGAUUUUCCCCAGAGUUGGGGUUCAGUGUUCACCUGAGGUCAGGAUAGUUGCUGUUGGGGGUUUUUAUUUCUCCUAACAGCAUAGUUGUCUUCUCAGGGGAGGGAUCCGUCUAUAACUUCUUUGAAAUUUUACUAAGGAAUGGAUAAGACAAAGCUCUGUGAAACAGAUUAUUAUUAGAUUCAGGUGUAUUGGUGGUUGCUAUUGCUGCUUCUCUACUAUCACAGAAACACUUGGAUUGGGAAGGACUCCCGGGCACCAUCCCACCUCCAAUCCUUUCUGUUGGACCUACUGUUUUCUUUAUCCAGUUUAUUUUUCACUCCUGGGGCAAUUCCUGUAGUUGCUGCUGUUGUUUGAGUCCUUCAAGCCCAGCCCUCUCAUACCACUGAAGUGAGGCACAGGCCAUGCCCCAGUAUGGGGCAAAAGCUGCUGGUUUUCACUGGGGUGGGCAAGGCACCCCUCCAUCAGUGACACACUGGUUUGCCAGGGCUGUUGCCCAUUCAGGUGUAAAGUCCCAGACUGGGUGGUGAUACCUGUGCUAGGAACCUGCCCAAAUCCUUCCACACACCCUGCCAGCCAGGGAACAGCUGCCUCGGCACAUUUCAAUAUUGCCUCACCCAGAAAUCUUCUCUUAUACCAUGAUGACACCAGAUUCUGCCAACAGUGUUAGUUAGUAGCAUUAGCAGCUCAUGUAAACAUGAACAAGGACCUGCACAAUCAUCCACACCAAUCCAGAGCAGGGAGGGGGAGAUGUAUUCCCUCAUCCUCUUGUGGAGACAAGACAGCUCCCGCAGCUCAGCAAGGCCAUCCAUGCCAGGACACAGCCCAGAGCCAUGGUUUGUACUAGCACAUUCCCAGCUUCAGCCUUAUAAAGGAUAAGCAGUGCAGCCAGCAAACUCCUUGACUCCCACAGGAAUAAUAACACACUGGACACAAAGCUGCCAUUGUCUGUGUCCCAUGUUGGGUGCCUAAAAGGACCAUGGAAGAUGAACCUUGGCUGGACCACCAUCAGCUGCCCACCAAGCUGCUCUUAUCAAUCCCCCCCACAAUAGAGUGCGGGCUGGGCGGAGAAAAUAAAAUGAACAAAACCCCCAAACCUGGUCAAGAUAAAGAUAAUUAAUAAAGAGUGUUACCAGUACCUUUUUAGGUGCCAAUACACAGCCCAGCACUGUGAGGAUGCUGUGGGGAGAUGAGCUCCAUCCCAGCCAGCCCCAAUAAACACUUUAGGUUUUCUGUCUGGUCACUAGGCCUCCUGCAGCUCACGGCAGCUCUGCAAGCAACCAGCUCCACUGUACCCCUCCAGGGACUGGCAAGAUCCUCCUGCACAGCAGAGCUCCUUCAGCUUGAGGACAAAGAGCAAAUUGUCCUAAAACAACAGCUGCCUGCCAGAGAGGUUUAUUAUUCCAGGACAGUGGAAGAUCUUACACUUUGAAUGAAACAAAAUGGAAUAUUUGCUCUCUAGCUCGCAGUCUUUCCCGAGCAUCUGAGGUUACAACAAAAAGAGUAUUUUUUGUUUAUGACAGACUGAACCAAACAUUACAGGUGACCUGCUGAGCAAACUGUAAAAAAUGUUUGCUUUUUUCUACCUUUUAGGGGAUGGAUUCUGAAAUUCACUGGAUUUGGUAAGAAUAUUUUCCUGCCUGAACAUACCCCCUGGAGCAGUGGAAUCUCUGUACAGGCACUGCAGGCUGUGGGUGCAGAAAGGCAAAAAUGCUGUCCAGCUAAGUAUUAAUUUUUACUGUGAGGAUGUGGAAGGCACGUGGCUGGUCUCAUGUUGCUGGAGGAUUUACUAGGAGAGGUGUUGAGACUGUAGAAGAAUUUCCAGCUUAAGUCUCUCUGCCACUUGCAAAGAUGGGGGUUUCAUGCUUCAUAGAAGGAACUCCCAAAAAAGUCAUUUGCAGCCUGGAUUUAGGAGAGCUGGUCUCUCUGGAUGAUGAACAUAGCAAAAGAGACUUAAAUGGGGCAGAGAUCCAGUAAUUAAUUUAAUAUAGGCCCUCAUUACAGUCAGUCCCUUUGGGCUGAAAUGCUCAGGGCUGGAGAAUAAUCCUGAAGCAGCUGAAAAUGGGGGUGUGGAGAGAAAUCAGGAAUAUCACUUCUUUUUACAUAUUUGGAAAUUGAGAGGAGCUUAGACUCACCAUAGGAUUUCUGCUGAGUUCUCUGGGAUCAGGGUUCCAUAAGCCACAUUUUCUGUCUCAGCUGGUGGAUGUGCUGUGGUCAAAAACAUUGUGUUUUUUAGUUAAAGGAGAAGCAGAAAACAACAGCUACCAGUGGUUUAAUAAUAAUUUCUCUUAAAAACCUUCACUUGGGCACUUCCAGGUCAUUGCUCACUCACCCAAGAAGUGAAAUGUACACUACAACAACACUCUGGGUAUUCCUUGGUUCCAAACUGCUGUUCUGAAUGCAGACGUACCCAUCAGGUACCAUCUUGACCUGAGAUAUGGAGUGCUUGGGCAGUGGUGCCUGUCAUAAGUUUCUUACAGACUUAAGUGCAAUUGUGUACAUUUACUACAUGCUCUGCCUUGGGGCUAUAUGUAAUUUCUGUGGUUUGAUGUUUAUCUUUGGUGUAAUCAGUGUUUGAAUUUAAUCUGCUAUGAAAUUUUAUAGAGGAGCCCAUCUUGCUUUUUUUUUUUUUUCCCUUUAAAAAUGUUUUUUCAUCUUCAUCAACUCAAAGCUACAGUAGAGCAGCUAAGUCUGUACUGAAAUGCUUACAAGAUCUUUCAAUAAAGAAUUGGCUCCUGGGAGCUGUGUCACUGCAAA